AUGCGUGGGGGGGUGGGGGCCGUGCCAGGGCGCCGGGGGCCGUGCCAGGCACCGAGGGACAAAGGACACUGUGGUGGCACUGCCACCCUCGGAGGCUGGGGGGGGGAGAAGGGGAGGGGCAGGGACAGGGACAUGGGGGGUCCCCAGGGACCAGGACACGGGGGUCCCCUGGGAGCUGGGGACACCGACAUCUGUGGGGUCCCUUUCCUGGGGGACAGGGCAGUGCCAAGGACACGAGUCUGGGGGUCUUGGGAACAGGGGGGGCUGCAGGGACAGGGGGACAGGGGGGACAGGGGGACAUCGGGACAGGGGGGACAGGGGUCCGGCAGCAGGGCAGGGGGCACUGGGGGGUCCUGGGGAGCCCUGUCCUGGUGUGGCCGGGGUGUCCCGGACCGUGGCCACUCGAGGGUGGCGGGGGGCGGUCCCGGUCCCUCCCGGCGGGGGCGGCCGCUGGGGCCCGAGGCGGGACGGGUACAGGAACGGGCGCACCGGUACCGGCAGCGGCACCGGCAGCGACCCCGGCCCGCGGUACCGGGACCAUGGCGGGGCUGGCGCGGUGCCAGCGCGAGGCCGAGGAGGUGGCGGAGCUGAUGCGACAGAACGUGGCCAAGGCGCUGGAGCGGGAGGGACACCUGGAGCAGCUGCAGAGCCGCGCCCAGGCGCGUCGACAGGCGAGCGAGGCCUUCACCCGCACCACGCGCGCGGUGACGCGGCGCCAGCGCAGGGGACACCGCCGGUGGCAGCUGGUGGCCCUCGGCCUCGGCCUCCUCCUCCUCUUCAUCCUGGGGCUGGCACUGGCGCUGGCCCUGGCACACUCGUCCCCCGGGACUGUCACCAGCACUGUCCCCACCCCGGGGGGCACCGAGCACCCCCCCAGCACUGCAGGGAGCCCACGAGGACAGAGGGACCACGGUGACAAAUAAGUGACAAAUAAACACCAGGGCUCUUGGGGACACCCUGCAAGGACAACAACAGUGGGACGAUCCUCGAGGAGACCCCACGAGGAACAAACUCCAAAAUCUGCUCUGAAGGGACCCCACAAUAAAAACCCCCUGGGGGAAAACACCAGCAGCAGGAGCAGCAGCAGCAGCUCUCUGGGGAGACCCUGAACCCCAAACCAGCAGGAUGGACUGGGGGAGACCCUGCAGGAAACAAACACCAGGAUCUGGUCUGGGGAGACCCUACAAGAAACAAACACCAGGAUCUGGUCUGGGGAGACCCUGCAAGGAAACAAACACCAGGAUCUGGUUUGGGGAGAUCCUACAAUAAAUAAAUAAACACCAGGAUCUGGUUUGGGAUGACCCUACAAUAAAUAAAUACCAGGAUCUGGUUUGGGGAGAUCCUACAAUAAAUAAAUAAACACCAGGA